AAUACGGGACAAGACCAGCACUCGCCUAGCCGUCUCGCAGUUUUGGUAAAGGUUCACCCAAAUUCCCUGAGGAGAGGUUGUGAAUCGAUCUCUUCAUUUCGAAGGCUUUCGUGUCUUGAUCUUGCGAUUUUGAAGGUUGUUCUUAACCGAGUAUAAGCGAUGUACAACGGUAUAGGGUUACAGACAGCGAGGGGUUCAGGGACCAAUGGUUACAUUCAGGGCAACAAGUUCUUUGUAAGGCCUAAAUCUACCGGUAAGCCCGUUAAUGGUGGGAAAGGGUUUGAGGAAGGGCAGGGAACAGCUGGUCUCUCUAAGAAGCCCAACAAAGACAUUCUCGAGCAUGAUCGGAAGCGUCAGAUUCACCUUAAACUCGCCAUGCUCGAGGAGAAGCUCAUAGAUCAGGGUUACUCUGAUGCUGAGAUUGCUCAGAAGCUCGAGGAAGCCAGGCUGAAUCUUGAAGCUGCCACCUCUGGUUCGGAGGAGACUGGUGCAACCACUGAUGCUAAGAUCUCUGAUACCCAGACCCAUCAGAUUGCUGCUAGAAAGGAGAAACAGAUGGAGACGUUUCGGGCUGCGCUUGGUUUGCCCAAUCAGCAAACUGAUGAAGGUGAUGUUGAUGGUGAACCAAAGAUUGAAGCUUAUGAGGGUGCAGUAGGAAGACAAAAGGAGAGACGGGAGCAUUCUUUUCUGGACCGAGACAGUCGGGGGAAGGUGCGUCUGGAUGAGGAUGGAGACGAGAAAGGUGGGAAAGGUAAAAGCCGCAAGAAGCAGCAUAAGCUAGAUGAUACUGAUGAGACUAGGCGUAGCAAGAAAAAAGGGAGCAGAAAGAGAAGGCAAGAUAGUGAUGAUAGUAGUGAUUCCUCUGAUUCUGAAAGUGAUCGUGAGCGCAGAAAACGCUCUUCAAAGAAGCAUAAGGGGCGUAGGCAGGAAACUGAGAGCGAUUCUAGUGACUUUGACUCUGACAGUGACAGUGAGAAGGAAAAGAGAAGGAAGGCUGCCAAGAAGCGCAUAAGCAGCAGACAGGAUGAUAGCUCUGAUUCUGAAGUCAAGAGCGAUGAAAACGAGAAACGUGUGAAGACCCAUGAAAGGCAUCGCCCUUCAUAUAGAUCUGAAUCUGAAGAAAAGUCAGACAGGUAUCAUGGACGGAGAAGAGAAGAGCCAGCAAAGAAGAAGCAGAGGCAUGACUCUGAUGAUAGCGAAUCCGAGCCCGAGAACCGGAGUGAUGAAAGGAAGAAACAUGUGAAGACCCAUGAAAGGUACCGUCCUUCAGAAAGAUCUGAUCCUGGAGAUGAGCCAGACAGAUAUCGUGGGUGGAGAAGAGAAGAGCCGGCAAAGAGGCAGAGGCAUGGCUCUGAUGAUAGCGAACCCGAGCCUGAGGACAGGAGACAACGCCAAAGGUUCGAAGGCUACCACAGAGGGAGAAAGCACGGCCGAGAUGAGGAGGAUGGCCGCGACUAUAAGCAUGGGAGAGAGAGAGACAGAAGAUGGUGACAUAGUUACCAGAGAGCGAUGGAGCUCGAGAAAGGGUCGUAACUAUGAUGGGAGGUCGGUCGAGAUCCCUUUGUGUUGUGUCGCUUAAAUCUUUCUAGUUUCAUGCUUUCUGUGUGUUCAGGUUUACUCUUGUGGUAAUUUGGAUUUGCUGGUGUAAACGCCUACUACUUGUUUUAACGUUUCUGUAGGAAUUUACUCAUCGGACUAAUGGGCUAUAAUAUUUUACCAUUUGGGCCUCUGUAGGCCGAACA